AGCAGUUCUGGCCAAGCCGGCAAGUGUGACGAAUACCGAGAAAACCGAGUGACGACGCGUAGUUGGUGAAACGCGAGUGAUCUGCGAGCUCGGGCACUGAUUCCUCUGCAUUGAGCAUUUUCAAACGAAAACCUAACGGAAUUUUCCAUCAAACUAGUCGUUGCAGGUCGUAGUUUUGGAGCAGCAUAUGAAGUAAUUAGGAGCCGCACUAAAACCCCCCAUAAACGUCAAAAGACAAACAUUUUCGCGGAAGAACAACUGCAAGGCACUGCCAUCGACGCUUUCCAGGCAACAUGUUGCCGACAGACAGCAGCAGCGGCAACAGCAACAUCAACUGACGGCAGCAACACCAACAGCCAUCAGCAACAUUCGAGCAUUCAGUCGCAAUUCUGACGAUUGCGUGACGCGUUCGCAUCGCGGCGAUGAAAGAGACAGGACGUCUCGCGAGGAAAGAGAACGAAACAGUGACGGACACGAAGUUUGAGUUUGAUGUGCAAAGUAUAAAUAAGAAAACACACAAGCAACAAAUCAAAAUAUGUAAUAAAGUGCGUGCCAACUCGGAGAAAUAAUUGAAAAAUAAAUUCGAACAAGUUACAAAAUAACCAAAAGAAGCAAGGAACACGAGCGAGAAUAAUAUAAGUUAGCAUAAUUUAGCAAGGAUUUGCCGAGACAAGCAGCAUUCGUUUCGCACUUAAUUAGUGUCCAAGCGCGUUGACAAUGUGGCAGACACUAUCAACUUUUAGCACAUCACUCAGAGCUGCAACAGCAGCACAACCAGCGGCAACUUGCAACUGUAGCUGCAAGCUGGAAAAUGCGGAAAACACUGAAAACACGGAAAUGCACAGUCACAUGUUGCCAUCAGCAGACAACGCGACAGCGGCAAUGCGUAGGUGUUGCUGUCGCACAAGAAUCACCCGCAGCAGCAGCAGCAACAGAAGCAGCAGGAGCAACUAUAGUUGCAACUACGGCGGAAACAUCCUGCAGUGGCUACUGCUACUGUGCCUCUUCUGUGAUUUUGGCCAGGCGGCGCUCCGUGACGUAAAUCUGAUGGUGGAGCCUCCGGCGGUGCGAAGGGGUCAGUCGGUGGCCCUGCGGUGCGAUUACCAAUUGGUGGAGGCGCCCCUGUAUUCCAUUAAGUUUUACCGCGGCCAGAUGGAAUUCUACCGCUACACACCGGGCGAGUAUCCGCCCACCAAGGUCUUUCAGUUUCCGGGCAUCAGAGUGGACGAGAAUGGCUCGAAUGCCACCACGGUGCUCAUCCGCAACGUUAGCUUCGGCCUGUCCGGACAAUUCAGCUGCGAGGUGACGGCGGAUGCCCCACUCUAUUCCACCGCCACAGCCUUCGCCCAGAUGCAAGUUGUGGAAUUUCCGGAAAAGCGACCGCAGCUCUUUACGGAGCACACGCGAUACGAGCCCGGCGAUGUUUUACGUGCAAACUGCAGUACACUGCCAUCUCGUCCUCGAGCUGAUCUUCGUUUUACCAUCAACAGUGUUCCCGUCAGCUCGGAGGAAACGCAGUACAUUCGAACGGUUGACAGCCUGAUUGCAUCCCGGCUCAGUCUGAAGCUGCAGCUGCAGGCGACCCACUUUGCGGCUGGACUCAGUGCCCAUGGAAAUGGGAAUGGUAAUGGUAAUGGCAAUGGAAAUGGCCUGGCGAACACACUGCACCUCGGUGGAGGCGGCGGAGGACUCAUCCUGCGUUGCACGGCGCAAAUUGACGAUCUCUAUCAGGAGUACAAGGAAAUCGAGCUCGGCACACCGCAAAGGGAUCCGGUGCCGGCCAGAGUGACGCUGUCAUCGGGAACCGGACUUCGUGGCUUCUUGGAGACCUAUUUCCCCACAUCUUCGGGCCCCAGCAAUUGGCGGGGAUCGGCGGGAGUCGUGGCCAUCGUCCUGCCCACCGUGUUGGCCCAUCUAAUUACUGGCAGCUAAAUCGGUGGCCAGUCGCCUGGAAUGGGAAAUGGGAGCACAUGGCGAAUCGGAAUGCGAACGUGUGUCGGCUUAUCGGGCAGCGAUGGAAAUUAGGGAGCCCUCGGCCGUAAACUGCAUUAUUUAUCUGUAUCGAAUGCAAUUUAAAUUUAUACACACGCAUGAGAUGUCCGUGUGAUUGCCGGUUAAACCCACACAUGCACACACACAAGCCCUACGUAACUGUAAAUAUUUGCUUUAAUGAUGUGAACGGAUACACUUAAAUGAACUCGCACUCACACUCACACUCACGCGCUCACGUACACAGCAACACGCGACUAAUUGUUAAUUAAUGGAUUAUUUAAUGAUGCAUAAAAUAUUGGAUAAAA